AUGCUAAGUGCCUUUAGCGAUGCUCGGCAUAGGCACCCCGAGACUGCUCGAGAGAGCUUCUUUGCCUACGUUGAGGCUGCCACUUUCAAGAAGCUCGAUGGCUCCCUCGAAUAUCGUUAUUCCGCGAAGCAUCUUGCCCCAAACGACCUGGUAGACUGGGCCUGGAGAAAGAAUCAAUUCGCAGUAUCUGCAUCUCCACACCAAGAUGGUAGCCUUGAAAGCGAACUCAGGAUCCUCUUCGCCCAGCCACGUUCCAGUUUCCGCGCCAACAUACCUGAGCAGCUGUUGACUGCUAAUGUGUUGGGUGCACUCAACCUUCCGCCCUGCACGUUUGCAUCUUUCCGAAUGGCGCCCGGCACUUACUCGGCUCACACCGAGCCCGUUGGCAGCGCUUUCGAUGACUGUCAGAGACUCGGCCUGGUAUUCCGAUCGCCACAGAAGUGGGAAUUCUCUAUUGGAGGUCUUGCAGUCUCGCACAACUUCGCCACUCGAACGACGACGGCUCUCAACGUUGGCUUCGCCUUUGGCAUCGAUCAGUACAAAGCCAAUGACACAAAAGCACCGGAGCCGUUAUGGAACCUAGUCCGGCAAAUGAGGCAGGCUCAGGAAUCACUAUCUCACCCUCUUCUGCUGCCCUCACUGUUCCUGUCGCGGCACAUCCUGCGUGUGAGCGCUUACAUCAAAGAACACAUAUCGGAGCGUGUUGUCCAGCUGGAGUCAGCUAUCGGCGUUACCAAAGCAGGUCGAUCGUUCAUGCGAGGUGGAGCCAAUGUGCCGAGCUUGUUCGUGGAUGACCAAAUGCAUCGCAAUAAUGCUAAAAGACUGACUGCCGACAUCAACGAUUUGACAACUUGGAUUAUGUUUACUCGACGUUCGCCAGAAUGGGACAUAGAAUGCAUCGACUUUCUACUUCGGCUGCUUGGUAAGAGUCGCAAGCUGCGAGAGUGCCAUGGCAUAGCGCCGCAGCCAUUCUACGAAGCACUGGAUUAUAUGCGAAACUAUGCUCAAGGGUGCCUUGAAUCGUGUCAGACCUCCAAAGCCAGGAUGGAUUUACAGCUAAACAUUCUCUAUACAUCGGUCGCUCAAGACGAUGGACAGACGAGUGCAAGACUCGCAGCAGCCGCAGGCAGAGACAGCACAUCUAUGAAGAUCAUCGCCUUGAUCACAGCUGCGUACUUACCUGGGACAUUCAUAGCAACACUUUUUAGCAUCAGCAUGUUUGACUGGGGAGCUGGAAAUACUGGCUCAGUCUCGAGGUCCUUCUGGAUCUACUGGGUAGUCACCAUCCCACUGACAAUCGUCACACUCCUCGGAUGGGGACUGUGGUGGCAGUUUGAGAAGAAAAGGUUUGUACAAGAGGUCCAAGAAGCAUCACAGCAGCCGUCACGCCACCGAGGUCUUCCAGAAGCUCUGGAAGAGCUGAAGUCACACGGUCUGGGUCGAUCAGCAAAGUCAGAGUAA